ACCCAGUGCUUGCUGACCUUCCAAUGUAGGCCGGGUUGUGGAGCAAAUGCACUGGUAGUUCCCCACGUUUCUUUCGCGCGAAGAACCCCGUGCCGUCUCGCGGAGUGGCAACAGCCUCACGAAGUGAUCGCAGAGAUUGCCAGGGUCGAGGCAACGCGACGCCGGAGAUCUGACUCGAUGGAUGGAGAUCAAUUCUUUCCGGGGGUCCAGCCCGCGCGGGUGGACAAGGUCCACUUCGAAAAUGUGGGGCGGACGAAGAACGACGUCCUCGCCAAAGCGGUCCAAACUUUGAUGGACUGCACUACGUUCACAGAAAUCCUGCUAAAAUGCGCAGAAGCAAGACGUCAACUCGAUCAACUCGGAGCUUUCAAAAGGAUCGAUGUUGAAAUCCAGACAUCGAAGUCUCCCGGAGCUACGGAGCAUGGCUAUGAGGUUAUUUUUGACGUCGAGGAGAAAAAGACAAUAUCCGGUGGCGUCAACGGAUUAGUGGCCAACAAUGAGGGUACGAUGGUAAUGGGGGCCCAGCUGCCAAAUGUCGGCGGUCGGGGCGAAUUCAUCCAGGCCCAAGUUCAGUAUGGGACAAAGCAUUCCAGCGGUUUCAACAUCACAGCCAGCAAGCCGUUUUUGGGUAAACGAAACUCCCGAUUCACGGUGGCGGCGUACGAAGAAGCUGCGGAUUAUCCAUGGAAUGCGUUCCGCGAGCGCAUCAGAGGCGUUCUCGCCGAAUACAGUUUCCGAUCAUUGCCAAGUAUCGACCACUCGUUGCGUUGGGAAGGGGUUUGGAGAGAGCUCAAUCCCCUCGGCAUCACGGUUCCUUUCCCUGUCAGAGAGCAGAUGGGCCACUCGUUGAAAUCCGCAUUGAAGCACAUCAUGACCAUCGACACGACAGAUAAUCCCGUUCUGCCAACUGAGGGGUUUUCACUUCGAGUCUGCUCGGAGGUCGCCGGACACAAUCUGGGAGGCGAUAUAAGAUUUGUCAAGAACGAACUCGAGCACCAGAUGAACUUCUCUUUGUUCAACGACCUCGUCCUCCAGCUGACCGCGAAUGCCGGUCACAUGACUCCGAACGAACAGCACAAUAUCAGCGACAAGUUCUUCCUAGGAGGUCCGCUCGGUCUUCGAGGUUUUAAGCUGCGAGGAGUCGGUCCACAGUGCGAGGGGGCCAGUCUCGGGGGCACGACUUACUGGUCUACGGGAUGCCAUCUCUAUUCGCCGCUGCCAUUCCGUCGGGGUCAUGGCUAUAUAGGAGAAUACUUACGACUCCACGGUUUCGUCACUGCCGGAUCGCUAAGCGAAGGUGUAGACAGCGCGAAACUGCAAGACCCGAGCGUCUCUGCUGGAUUGGGCGUCGUUCUGUCUCUCGGCCACCAAGUCAGAAUCGAACUAAAUUACGCAGUGCCGCUCAGGCAUCAAAGGAGCGAUCGAACCAACAGCGGAUUGCAAUUCGGCAUGGGAAUGGCAUUCUUGUAGCUAGCUAUCCAAUCGAAGGGACAAACAGAGAGUUGUGACAUUCAACUCGAGAGAGCCAGAACUUUAGGGUUUACAAUGAAUAAGUUUGAAGAGGAUGAAUGUAAAAUAAAAC